AUGUCACUAGCAGCGACAACAGCAUCAACAAAUCUUUUUGAAAUAAAAGAUGAAGAUGCUAAUGCAUCAUUUCUUCUUGGCAAACGAGAUGUAUUAUUGAAUAAUUAUCAAGCAGCAUGUGAUCAUCUAUCAAAAACAUGCGAACGAAUUGUCAAAAUUCGUGAAAGUGAUACAGCACCGGAACUUGCUGAACCCUAUUUUUACUAUGGUCAAGCAUUACUUUAUCUUGGUCUUAGUGAACAACAAGUAUUCGGCAGCGAUAUUGUUAAAGAUGGAGAAAAUGAUGAAAAUGAAACUAUUGAAGAAGAAGACGAAGAAGAAAAUAAUGCCGAAACAAAAGAAGGCGAAAAUGGUGUCGUCAAAGACGGUGUUAAUGAACAAGUUGAAGCUGAGAAUGAAGAUGAUUCUAUUCCAGCUGAUGAAAAUGUUAAUGAUCUUGAACGUGCAUUUGAAAUUCUUGAAUGUGCACAUAUGAUCUAUUCGAAAAUGUCUGAAGAUUAUCCAACGGACACUCGUAUUAUCACGCGUAUAGCUGAUAUUCAUGUUAUGCUUUCAGAUAUUUGCAAUGAAAAUGGUGAUCAUGAAACUGCUCUUACACAUGUACUUAAAGCUAUUGAUUUACAAGAAACUAUUCAUGAACAACAACGUUAUCGUUUACUUGCUGAAAGUUAUUAUAAAUUAGGAUUAAUCUAUGAAUUAAUUAAUAAAUUUGCAGAUGCAGUCGAUAGUUUUAAUAAAGCUAUUGAUGCUAUUAAUCAAGCUAUUAAACAUUUGGAUGGCGAAGAUAAAGAAAAUGAACGUGAAGAACUUAUAUCGCUUUUACCAUCGAUUGAAACUAAACGUAACGAUGCAAAAGCAUCAAUGGCUGAUCAACAUUUAAUUGCUCAAGCAAGAAAAAUUCUUACAGGAACGGAUAAUACAACAGAAGCUAAAACAACAGAUGCUCCUGUUAAAGAUAUUACAUUAAAUAUUCGACAUAAACGACCAGCUACUGAAACAGAAAAUGACGAUGACGUCAAUAAGAAGGCGAAAGUUGAAUAA